CUUGACGGAAGACAUAAUGAGCAAAAAUGUUUAAAUAGAAAUAAAAAUGUUCCAGUUUUCUAAAUAAAUUCUAAAGAUUUUCAGUUCCGUGAUGAGUUAAAUCAGGUGUGAUUAACCGAUGUAACAAUAACAGUAGAUUAAUGUUAGGUGGCUUAAAAAGAGUGUUACUUGAAUGUAGUAGUGCAGCUGAAGGAUCUGUGAGCAGUUAUGAAUGAAACACCGCUGAAGAAGAAGAGAGAUCCAUCACUGCACCAACAGUCCGGGGUGGAGAAGCCGAUGAGUUCUGCACUAAGAGAGAGAUUAAAAAGAGCCAGACGAUCCUUUACUUCCCCCGGCCAUGUGAUAAAACAACUCAAAAUCCAGGAGGACGAGGUACCACACACUGUAAACGAGGAGAGGAACCAGCAGGACCAGGACGAGGCUGAUGAUAACAGAAAUGAGACCAUGAGAACACAUGAAGACGCUCUGAGCAGAUCAGACUCUCCUCAGACCUCUCGACAGGACUUACUUCAGCUCCGAGAGAAACUAAAGAAAGAUGUUAAAGAGAAAUCUGAGAUGCUACGAAGACUCAAGAUGGUCAAAAUGUACAGGACAAAGAACGACCUGACCGAGCUACAGACACUGAUACAGAAGUGGCGGCGCUGUGCUCAGACGGCGCUGUACGAACUACAGACUGAAUUAUCUACAGACGCUCAGGGGUCCAGUCUCUCUCAGCUCAUCGAUCACUUCGGACUGGACGAUGAGAUUCUGCAUUUUAACAGAGCAGAAAACGACUUCACAGACGAAUGAUGAACAAAAGCAGCGGAUCUUGUUUUUUGUGUUCUUGCUCAUUUCGACCAGCGGGGGUUCGUUUUUUUUUUUCGGAACCGACUCUUUAAAGUCACAGAUUCAGGACGUGACCAAAUUCCAAGACUGGACCUUCUGCUGUAUCCUCCUAACCCUAGGCUGGAAUUGCCAGGGCGGCAGGCCAGUCAAAGUGGGUGGCACUGUCGCCUCACAGCAAGAAGGUCCUGGGUUUGAUUCCUGGGCUUACUGGAUUCUUUUUGCAUGGAGUUUGCAUGUUCUCCCCUGUCCAUGUUCCUCUGAUUGCUCCGGUUUCCUCAUCUACAUGAAAACAGCGUUCUGACUUCAUAGUUGCUAAAAAACAAAAAUAAAUUAUAACUAAUUGAUGUUUAACUUUGUCAAAUUUAUUAAUAUUUCUAAACACAGAAAAAUUUCUAAUCUUAUACCAGCAUUAAUAAACAUGUGAUAUAACAAACCUCUGUCCUAACAUUUAAAUAAUCUGUUACAGCCAGACAAGAAGCAUCAACUACAAAAAUCUAAUUAUUAGUUCAAAUAGAAACUUGUUUAUAAUAAAUGUAAUUUGUACAGUUUUUGUUCUAUUAAAUACAGAAUUGGUUUGGAAUCUUUUCUUCCUGUUUAUACAAAUAAUUCAAAUGUAUUUACAACAGAAUUUAGAUCAUUAAUGGUAUUUAUCAGUUUUGCACUUUGUUGCACAAUGUUUGAUAGUUGAAUUUGUAUUUAAUGGCUUUAAUUAAUAUUCACUUGUGAAUAAAAUCAGACUUAUUAGUGCAGAAAGUGAAGAAAUAUAUUUUUUAUAAACAGUGCAGCUCAGUUCGGUGUGAUUUUCUCUUUAUUCUGAGGAUUUCCUGAUGGAGCUCCGUAACUUUGUGCUCUUCCUCCUCCUUCACUGCUGAAAACAAAUAAAAGUUCUUAAAUGGUUUAUUUUA